CUCUUUACAUCUCUACUUCCAUUUUGUAACGGUGUCUGUUGUGUGGAGGAAGCAUUAUUGUUCGAACCAGGUAAAAUAAAACGUAAAAAUUGCUCCUAACGAUCCAAAAAUGAGUUACGGAAGGCCGCCGCCUCGUAUUGAUGGUAUGGUAUCGUUAAAAGUCGACAAUUUAACCUACCGAACUACUCCAGAUGAUUUACGACGCGUUUUCGAAAGAUGCGGAGAAGUAGGUGAUAUUUAUAUUCCAAGAGAUCGCUUUACAAGAGAAAGCAGAGGUUUUGCUUUCGUAAGGUUCUAUGACAAGAGGGAUGCCGAGGAUGCGUUAGACGCCAUGGAUGGACGUAUGUUAGACGGAAGGGAACUGAGAGUUCAAAUGGCUAGAUAUGGAAGACCUACUUCACCUCAUCGACGAUACGGGCGUCGCCGAAGGGGCAGCAGAAGAAGUCGAUCCAGAUCACGCCGUAGAUCUUUCAGUAGAAGCAGAUCUCGUUCUGAUAGCAAGAGCUCUAGAGGACGUUCUAGAUCGGCUUCAAAGGAUGAUAAAGAACAUUCAAAGUCUGUCAGUAAAUCUCGUUCAAGAUCAAGGUCUUAGGUAUUGCAGAAGGUGUAGGAGUGCAGUGCAGUUAAUUUUGUGGCUGCUCUCUAAGGUAUUUAUUUAAAAUUACCACCUUUGACCCAAGCAACCUCUUUAUUUAAUAAUAUAAUUUUUCUUAAAACAAAAUUUGAUGUUAGUUUUCAAAAUUAAAAGCGCAAUUUUCACUAUGUCUCAUUAGAUUAUAUGGAUAAUUAUAAUUUGUUCAAUUUCGUUUUAAUAGAAGAACAAUUUUAAGGAAAAUUGUAGAUUUUAGCUAUAGAACGAAAUUUAUUUGUAAAAUUGAUUAACAAUUUAUUUUAUUUGACCGAUGUAAACAAAAUACUGAGUAACUGAAUUGUAUCUUGAAAUUUUUUCCAUAAAAGUUGAAAUGUAUUUGUUUUCAUUUAUUUUUUUUUUUAAAUAAAAGUAGGAAUCGAUAAAAAAAUUGAACAUUCAUGACUCUACAGCUAUUUUAGUAAAAUAAUUCUACAAUACUGCCAGUCAAAAUUCAAAUUAAUAAUGGGGUGUCUCAAAUAAACAUUUUCAAUCAAUGAGGAUUAAGUAACCCAAGAAGUUAUUAACAUAUAGAGAAAAAUUCGCUUUUUGAGGUUAUGUUUUUAAAGUUUAAUCAUUUUGUGACUCCCUAAUGUGACUGUUUUUUAUAUUUAAAUUUGAUAACUUAUAAUGAAAACACUUUGUUUUUUUUUUUAAUAAUGAAGUUUGUGUCUUAUUUAUUGGUGAACUGUGAAAUUUAGAACAAAAAUGAGGGUAAAUACCAGAAACUGUCGUAGAAAGCAAUAAAUGAAAUCUUAAAGAAAUUAAUCAACUUUAUGUACCUCAAUUGUUUUUUUGUACUUUUUCAUAUUUUUUUUGUUCAACUUUCCAAAAGGGAAUCAAAUGGUAUUAUCUAGAGAAAGUUUUCCAACUAUUUCCAUCAUAAUCGAGUCAAAACAGGUAAAAAUAGCAAAAAAGCAAAAAAACAGAACCUAACCUAUAGAAGAUGUAGCCACUACCUAAACCUUUCUCUGUAAAAGAAGUAAACACAAUAAUUGGAAAUAAUCUGCCUAGAAAAGGAAGUAUUGAUAACUGUUAUCUACAAUGCACCCCUACAUCUAGGAUACUUACUCCCUGUCCCAAUGGAUAGCCGAAAUUAUCAUUCUCCCUAAAACUGGAAAAUCUGAUAGAUUUUACAGAUAUAUAUGUGUUCCCCGUGGCCUGAGCAAAUUAUUGGAAAAAUGACUACUAAUAAGUGUUGUGCCAUUAAUUAAAACAGAUAUAUGUUACCAAAUCAUCAAUUCGAAUUUAGACAACUAUCAAAUAAAUGCAGGUGUUUAAAAGCCUUGUAAAUCGUUCAGAAAAAUCAUAUAAAUUUUGAAAAACCAAAACUAAUGUAAUCAUUUCCUAUAUUUGAAAAAAAAAUAUAUUGGAGGUCCCUAAACUAAAAAUUACACUUAACAUUUUGGUGCAACUACAUCUGUACAUAGUGGUAAAUUCGAAUACAGUAGAUUUCAUUAUAGUGACGUUUCAAACAUAACCUAGAAAUUCGAAAUUUUAACAUCGAUUGAGUAUUCAGGGGUUAGUUGAUUCUCAUUGUUUUCAAUAUAAAAACUUGUUAAAAAUAAUGAAGUAUUAACUAAAAUCAGUUUAAUUAUCUUUACAUUAACAAGUUAGUGAAUUUUUCCAGGUAAAAUUAAAGAUUUUAAAAAUAUAUAUACUAUUAUCGAAUUAUAAUUUAAUAUACAAAACUUAUUUACAAUCCUGAAAAUAUUUUUCUAUAUUCAAAUUUUGUAUUUCACUAAUUGAAUAUAUUUUUAAUUUUAAUAAAUAAAUCGAUAGAAAUAUUGCUUGGUUAAAUUUACUAGCUGAUAUCCACUAGAAGAAACGAAAAAAUUUUUUUACUAAUGAAUUUUAUGUGCACAGCAGGCUGGCAGAGAGUAGCUGUUGCUGUUUUGGUGUAAUGCUGUAGCUGUUAUGGCGGCCAAAGCAAAGAGCGAGAGUGUAUGCGGUGUAGCGGUACAAUAAGGGCGGUAGAAAGCGGGUUGUACGAGUUAGAAAGAUAGAGAGCGCGUAAACAAACAUUGCUGGUCGAUACCUGUAGCUGUUUGCCGUUAAAAAAAAUAAAUAAAUAAAUACAGUCGUUGCGAGAUGGUGCGGCUGCAUUUGAAAAUGAAAAUUUACUAAACAAUAAUACGAGGGUAUAGAAGAAAAUCGAAAUCCCUAUUUUGUUCCAAAGCCGAGGUGGCUCAAAUAUAAACCGGAAUUUUUGAAUAAACGCGCGGAAAAUUUAGUAUCGUAAAAGUGGCAGCACUGGAUAUUAGACUGAUCUGUUACAGAGCUUUUAGAACAGACGGGAACCCUUAACCUCACUUUUUACUGUACCGAUAGUCUCGAGCGAGAACGCAUCAUUAUUCGUAUUUUUGAAGACCGAUGCAGAACUAUACGCGAUAUGGCUGAAGAAUUAGCAAAAUUUCAGCCAGGUGGGUGCCAAAACUUCGGAAUUUUUAGCAGAUAUUCACUACUUUUCUCUUCCACUUGAGGUUGAAUCCGUUAUACUUUAGAUCUACAGACACUUUCCUCAAAAGGAAAAGUUUGGGUGAUGAAUACAUAAGUAUUCGAAAGCUCGGAAGUAUAUUAGAGUUAGUACACUUUUGUAUUUAAUUAUGCCACAAUCUCACUACAAUAACUCUUAUUCCGUUCCGGAUUUCUAUCUUUCGGAGAUGGUUAUAGCCUUGUGACUUUUACUUAUUUGGUUUAUCGAAAGAGGCACUUGGCGGACUGCAAUUCGAAAGUUUCGAUUCGUUUAAGUGAAAAGUCGAAAAAUUGUCACGAAAGCCUCCGUAGAGGUGGCAAAAAUGUAAAUUGUGAUAUCUAGAAAAACUGUAAAUAAAUUUCAGCUCUGCUGCAAUAAAAUUUUUUAUAGCAAGCUUCCGGUUUAUAUUUGAACCACCCUUUCAAUUCUCUAUCAACAAUUAUGAAAUUUACAAUCUCCUUGUGUACAAAUCGUCUUUUAACAUCUUAGGGUUUUUGUUAUUUUUGGAUAUACCCUCGUAGAAUGAAAGCCGUGACCAUGGAUCAACCCUCGUAGAAUGAAAGCCUUGAUCAAGGAUCAACCCUGAUCUAAUAAGUAAUAGUUUUGUGCUGUGGUUACGUCAUAAUGAGUAAGUAUCUAUGAUAACGUUGAAAAAUUUUGAGGUUAGAAAAUUUUAGUUCCCAAGCGGGCGGAUUUAGAAUAAACAAUUGGUAAAUUUUGAAGUGAGUAAAUUUGAAAGGUAGGUAAGCACGUGAUUUAUAGGUGAGCAUCGUCGCGUAUCGGUGUUUUUCUAUAAACAAUUUGUUCGAACAAAUUUUGGAAGUAAUGGUAAAAAAAAAUGUUUUGAGUAAUCCGAGCUUUUUAACAAUUUCACCUACCUUGAAAUUCUGGAAACUCCAUUUAUAUGACUGGCAAAAUUUUGAUGCGAGGAAGCUACACUGCUCUACAAAUAAUGGUAAUACAGGUGUAUCUCAAAAUAAAAUGAUCAUCUUGGGGAAAAAUUGUUUUAUUCUAACAAAAAUUUCAUUUCUAAUGAAAGAAUUAUUUAUAGAAAAAAAAAUAUUUCAAUCCAUAGGUAUGAAAUUUUUCUUUUGGUGCUUUAAUAUGCAAACUUUUCAAAUUCCACCCAUAUUUUUGUCUUGGAUUGUAGGAUAUACGACAGAUGUCUAAAGUUUUGGUGCUUAAAUUUCAUCGUUUUUCAUUUUCCCGGAGUAAAUUUUCAUUUAUACGCAUCUCACUCAAAGCCAUGCCAAAAUAAAUUAAAUAACCAUUUUUCCACCUUUUCAAGCGACCUCUGCAGGGCAUUGUAUAUUUUCCGCGCACAGUGUCUAGUAUGACACAUUUUGUAGGUGUCCAUUGCAUCCCAUUUGACACAUAAAACUUGUCGACGGUAAUGGCCUGACAGACCGAGAGGGAUUGGACCGAAAGAGGAUACAUUCGUGGAAAACUUGAGUUUCCAUCGAUAUUAUCCUGGGAAAACGAGAUUUUCCAAAAUAAAAUGUCCUGUCGCGAUUUUCUGAAUGCUAUGUCAAAUUCCGAAUCGGCUUAGGGAUAGAUUGUCGUUCGUGAGUAACUAACCCCUCCACCGCAACAAUUUUGAGAGCGCGCGUACGAUCGGUUUCUAAACUGAUUAGGAAUUUGAUCGGCAAACAAAGCUUUCCUCAAGUCGCACUCCUCUUUACCCCCCCUAACGUUUUUGUAGAGUUUGUGUAAUAAAGAAUUUAAA